AUGGAUGUGACCAUCCCUUCCAGUGGCUCGCAGAGAUCCCAGGGCUGACGAAAGAGAAUGGUUUUGAGCCCAAGCCAGCUCCAUGUCCUGCAAGCAUCAUUUGAACAGAACCCCUACCCGGGUAUAACGACCAGAGAAGAACUGGCCCAAGAGAUUGGCAUUGAAGCAUCGAGGGUCCAGGUUUGGUUCCAGAACCACAGAAGAAGACACCCGAGGAAGAGCCGGCUGGCCUCUGGAGCUGCCUCGGCAUCAGCGGCUGGGGAGCAGCCUCCCCCUCGGUGUCCAGGAAGAGUCCCCAUGGCGGCCAGACGGAAGCAGACAUCCAUCAGCAGAUGGCAAGCCAGUGUGCUGGUGGAGGCCUUCCAGGAGAACCGGUGGCCAGGGAUCCAGACCAGAGAGGAACUGGCUCGACAAACAGGCAUCCCUGAGUCGUGAAUCCACAUCUGGUUUCAGAACCGAAGAGCUUGCCAGGCCAGCCAGGUGGGAGUCAGCCAGGCCGCAGGGGUCGUGACGGCCCAGCUGCCCCUGGCCAUGCAGAGAAAAGAGGUCUCCAGCGUCCUGGUGACACGUGCGAAUGCACAGGCAACGGAAAGCACAGUGACCACGCGGUUUCUGGAUGCUGGCGUCCCUCCUCGGCCCCAGGACCAAGGAGGAAGUCAGGGAAGCAAGCAAAAUGCUGGUCCGGCCGGAUCGGGUGGCCGAGCCUCUUGUCGGAGUGAGAAUGGAGGGGAGCCUUCGCAGGAGCUGGCUCCAGAACACACAGCUCCCUUCCUGCCAGAGGGCCGUGAGGAGCACCAGGCAGCGAUUGCCCCACGACAAUCUCCGCACGAGCCCCUGAGUCAGGCCAGCCAGCUGGGUGUCAGCCAGGCCGCAGGGUUCGUGACGGCCCAGCUGUCCCUGGCCUUACAGAGAAGAGAGGUUUCCAGCGUCCUGGACCAAGAAGAAAGUCAGCGAAGCAAGCAGCACACUGACACGGCAGGAUCUUGUGGCCGAGACUCUUGUCAGAGUGAGAACGGACAGGAGCCUUCGCAGGAGCUGGUUCUAGAACACACACCUCCCUUCAUGCCAGAGGGCCGUGAGGAGCACCAGGCAGCGAUUGCCCCAUGA